AUGGAGGAGGAGAAACAUAAGUUUAUCAUCCCGAUCCACGAGCGGCGUCAACCCGGGACCGUGACCGUCGACCCGAACUCGGUACCAUCACAACGACACCAACAAUCACAAUCACCACCACCGCCGCCAAGUCACGACGCUCAAUCGCCGAUAGAUUCCUCGCCUAGGAUACAGCAAAUCGAAUCCUUUACAUCGUACCCUCCGGGUGCCCACCUCCGAGGGGACGACAUACCAGACGCCUCGCCACCGUACCCAGAGUCGAGAAUCAGCUCGGAGGCGCCCGUCGUCGCGCCGGUGCCGGUGCCCGCACGAGGACAAAGCCACCGCCACCACCACCGCGUCCCGCCGCCGGCUCUGGCGCCGGCCGACCUCGAACGGCAGCAGGGCACCCUGGCGGGAUGGAGACGCAGGUUUGAGGGCAUUGGCGGGAGGGGGCCACAGCAGCAACCAAGAAAGACAAUCUUGGGCCUGACCGUGCUGCGGUUCUGGGCCGCGGUCGCACUGGGAGUCAUCAUCGUCGGCGUCGCCAUCGCCGUGGGUCUGGCGUUGGGUUUGGCUAACCGCGCCCCCUCCUCGCAACCCAGCCCCUCCGGCGACGACGACAACAAACCAAAAGCUGUAAUCCAGCUCCUCGGCGUCCCCUCCCCGGCCCCGAUCAACCCGUACUGCCCGCAGCCGACCCCCGGCGUGAACACGACGGUAACCCCCUACGACGCCUCCGGCUCCCCCAUCCGCUUCAACAACGACGAGGUCAUGUCCUUUGACGUUCUCUGCAACACCUACUACCCAAUGCGCCAGGGUAUCAACACGUUCCUCCGCGACAUCCUCGUCAUGACCGUCCCGGACAUGCUGACCUGCAUGACGCUCUGCGCCCAGUACAAUCAGGGGUACAGCGACGCCGUCGGCGACGACGUCUUCCUCGACGGCGGCGGCAUCUGCGUCGGCGUCGCGCUCGUCAAGGGCACCGCCCAGUUCUGCCACCUGCAAAACGCCACCGGCAUCAACAAAACUGCUGCGUCGGGCGGCUUCGACGUCGACAGUGCCGUGCUCUCGGGCGCAUGGGCCGGCUUGACGAGCGUGGAGCAGAUUCGGACGUUUGGCGGCAAUAUUGACGACGUUACUACCAACGCGACUACGACGGCGGCUGCGACGGCGACGGCUCGUUAA